AUGUCGGGAGAAACUGAGAUAGAUGAUACUGAGGUUUCGGAUGGCGCUUCGGAGAACGAGUAUAGUGAUCAUGAGCAAGAGCUUGAUGUUAUAGGAACAGAGGACGAUAAUCAGGACAUGGCGGAACAAAAAGUAAGACCGGACGGUGAUGAUAAUGGGAAUACUGUGGGAGCAGCGGCUACAGCUACGAAACCGAAAUUCGACCCUAAAGAUCCGUUGAGACCUAGAAGAAAGAAGGCAAGAAGGGCUUGUUUUGCUUGCCAACGAGCCCAUUUAACUUGUGGGGACGAGCGUCCAUGUCAACGUUGUAUUAAACGAGGUUUAGCAGAUGCUUGCCAGGAUGGUGUUAGGAAGAAAGCAAAGUAUCUUCACGAUGCACCCCCUGAAGCUCUUAGACCUGUUUUAGGACCAACUUACAACCAGCAAGUGAGCAACAAUCGAGCAACGGCAGUAUCAACGCCAACAGCACCUUCUCCUGGUAUGGGGAACUUUUUCUCUCAGCCUGAUACUUCACCGUCCUAUCCGCUAUUUGCAGCUAAUCAGCAAUCGCAAAUGCCACCUCCAUUGCAGAAUCGACUCUCUUUUGGAAGCAACCAACCGUCGCCGAUAUCUCCAACUUUUCAUACCGUAGGAAAUCGACCAAGUGGAAUGCAAGGAAUUUCUCUACCGCAAGUUUCAAAUGAUUCCCAUACUGCAUUUGGUGGUGGUGGUGCAUUUUUCGAUCCCAGUAAUCCCGCACUGUUCAACUUUGAUCUAGAAGGAUUGAAUUUCGGAAAUCAUUAUGGAGCACUGGAAUUUGGAAUGCUAGGGCAUAUGGCAUCAGGCUCGGCAGAAACACCGCCGCAAGAUUCAACUGCAGGAAUGCCACAAAAUGUUGGUGACCUUGGCUUUAACAACAAUCCAGCAUUCAACAAUAACCCAUCCUUCAAUCAGAUCUAUCCCCAUGAUACAUUGCCGGAUUUUGCUGUAGGUAUGGAAAGGCCAAAUGGAGGAAAUGUCUUCGGUAAUAGUACCCUGCACCACGGUCUGCCUCAUGCAUACGCAAUAGCGGCUGGUGGUAGUCAAAACAGUCCUAGCACUGAUGCGAGCCCUGCGGCAAGUACCAUGGGAUUUGAAGGCUCACCCACUGCUACUACCUACCAAGCAUCAGCAGCUGCUCACAGACCAGCAAAACGACAAGAUACGAAAUCUGGACCAUCGGGCAAGCUUGGACCAUCAUCAAUCCUUGGAAAGAGGAAUCGGGAUCCUUCAUCUAUUUACGAUACAGUUCACGAACCUUAUUCAUACACCACUGGUUUUCACAGCUUGACCGCUUUCAUUCAAAAGAGGUUUUCGCCAAAUAAGACACUUCGAAUAGCUAAAUCUCUCGCUUCCAUUCGACCAUCUUUCAUUGCUUGCACAAAGACCCUUAACCGACAAGAUUUGGUGUUUAUGGAGAAGUGUUUUCAGAGGACCCUGUUCGAGUACGAAGACUUUAUGCUGAACUGCUGCACGCCAACUGUAGUCUGUCGGAGGACCGGAGAAAUUGCUGCUGUCAACAAAGAGUUUACCCUUUUGACUGGAUGGAGGAAGGAAGUUCUUUUAGGCAAGGAAACGAAUUUCAAUAUCAACACAGGAAAUAGCGGUCCCUCAUCCUCGGGAAGUUCAGGUCGAGGAAGUUUUACGACACCUAGGAUGCGGCCCCUAAAUCUGGCGGACUCGAACACGAGUGGUAAAACCCAACCCAUCUUUCUUGCGGAAUUAUUGGACGAUGAUAGCGUCAUUGAGUUCUACGAAGAUUUUGCACGAUUAGCAUUUGGGGAUAGUAGAGGAAGUGCAAUGACUCGUUGCAAGCUCCUCAGAUACCAAACGGCGAAAGAUAGCUCCCAAUCUCCUGAAGGCGAUAAGGGCAAACGGAAAGACAUCAUCGGAUUCAAUGGAGCUGGGAUUGGGGGAAUGGGUAAUAGGAUAAAGGAGAUUGAUGCGACGCAUGGGAUUGAAAGUUUGCAGCAGGAUGGAAAGGUAGAUUGUAGUUCUUGUUGGAUGGUUAAGAGGGAUGUUUUUGAUAUCCCUAUGUUAAUUGUUAUGAAUUUUCUUCCUUGCAUCUAG